AUGACAUCCGCGGGCAGCUACGAGCUGCUCUGUCUCGAGAAUCCAUUGCUGGACAUACAAGCACAAGGCGAUCAAGCUCUACUUGACAAGUACGGUCUGAAACCGAACGAUGCGAUUUUAGCAGAAGACAAGCACAAGGGCUUGUACGAAGAGCUGUUGCAGAAGCAAGACGUACAGAUGCUGGCAGGCGGUGCCGCUCAGAACACAGCCAGAGGGGCACAAUACAUGCUUCCACCAGAGUCUGUUGUCUUUAUGGGCUGUGUGGGUAAGGACAAGUUCUCCAAGAUCCUACAGGACGCAUGCGACCAAGCUGGAUUGCAGACGAAGUACCGCUACGACGAGGAGCAGCCUACGGGACGAUGUGGCGUUAUUAUCACCGGUCACAACCGGAGCAUGUGCACGGACUUGGCAGCAGCGAAUUGUUACAAAAUCGAGCAUCUCAAGGAGAACUGGGACCUGGUGGAGAAGAGUAAAGCUUACUACGUUGGAGGUUACCACUUGACCGUCUGCGUACCCGCGGUGUUGGCGCUUGGUGAAGAGGCGGCUAAGGAGAACAAAACGUUCAUUCUGUCAUUGUCGGCACCCUUCAUACCGCAGUUUUUCAAGGACGCACUCGAUCAAACAGCGCCGUACUGGGAUUACGUUAUUGGCAAUGAGACCGAAGCAAUGUCCUACGCCGACUCCCACGACCUGAACACCCACGACAUUCCAACGAUUGCCAAGCACCUUGCUAACUUGCCCAAGAAGAACAGCAAGCGGAAGCGGACGGCAAUCAUCACCCAAGGCACUGAGCCAACCGUAAUUGCAGUCCAAGGUGACGACAAGGUACAGAGCUUUCCAGUCCACAAGAUUGACAAGGAUGAGAUUGUCGAUACCACAGGUGCAGGUGAUGCCUUCGCAGGAGGGUUCUUCGCCGGUGUCGCAAAGGGCGAGAAGCUUGAGACGUGCGUUGACAUGGGCCAAUGGCUUGCUGCCCAAAGUCUGCGCGUAUCAGGACCUUCGUAUGUCGUCUGGCGGAGCCGCCUUUUGGCCCAGGACAUCUAG